AUGAAAAGCACCUAUUUUGAAGGGUUUGAGGAGACUGGAGAAAGACCUGUAACUAGUCGCUAUCACUGGGCGACAGAAACAUUUAUCGAGACGGCUGGGAUAUGUCCAACUUUCACAAAACCAACAGGUUACCUCAUAAAUGUAUCAGCUUCCAAUCUCUCUGUCGAAUGGACAGCUGGUGGAAUAGUGUCGUCAGCUUCUGACCUCCUGAAGUUUCUCAUUAAUCUAAGAGAUGACCGCUUGAUAUCUGCCUCCUCUCUCGAAUCAAUGAAAAGGUGGCGAUUGGUGGAGGGAGUUACUGAACAGGGUCAUGGUAUUUUCAGAUGGCCAAGUCAGAAAGGGUAUGGGACUUGGAUCGGUCAUCAUGGAGGCGUGCUGGGUUUUACGGCCUCAUUAUGGUGGAAGGAAGAGGGUGAUGUAGCUGUUUGUCUGUUGAGUAAUGUGGGGACUAUGCAUUGCGGAACAGUACCAUCAAGCUCUGGUGCAGUAUUUAGCAGAAGCGAAUUCUUGAAACUUGCCACUGAGUUGUCAGAGCAUGGUCAGUAA